AUGGGUUCUGAGGGUCAAGAAGAGAAGAAUUGGAGAGUUAUUUACCAUGAAUUUGAGGAGAGAUAUAAAAAAACUGAAGAGGAUUUUAUAAGAUGGGAAGGUUAUGGGAAAGAGUAUGAAAAAUUGCGGUCUUUUUUGGUUGAUAUUUCGAAAACUACGAGACGACCUUAUUUAGUUCCUUUUAGUGAAAAGGGGUUUAUUCCUGGAUUUCUUGUUCAUACGAAUGAAAUUUUAGUGCUUUAUGGCGAAAAUUGGUUUGUUGAGAGAUCAUCUGUUCAAGCGAUUGAUAUUGUUGAUAGAAGACUCGAAUAUGUCAAUAAUUGUUUAAAAACACUGGAUAAGAAAAAAAAGGAUUUGAAAAGUUAUCUUGAUCAUGUAAUUAAAACAAACGAAGGAAAGAUAUAUAAUGAAGAAGGGUUACCCAUUGUAGAAAUUCGUGAGGAACUUAAUGAAGAUGGGUCUAUUGCUAAUUCGGAAGUUUUGGAGAAUUUGGGGGAGAAUUGGUUGAAAGAAGCAUCUGAAGAACUUAUGAAGAAGCUUAAUAUAUCACCAGAAACAUCCAAAGAUUGCGAGGUUUUUGAUGCGAAAAAGGAUUCUAAAGAGAUUUCUACAAAUAUUGGUAUGCCGCUAACUAAAUGUGAUAUGGAUGAGGAUUAUUUUAUGACGGAUGCUGAAAAGUUAGAUGAUAUGGAAAGAAUAAUUGAUAUUAUGAAUGAAUUAGAAUCAAACGGAGAUGAAAAUGAAUAUUCAUGUGAUAGUAAUGAUAGUGAUGCCACUGAAGAUAAGUAUGGAAGAACAUGUGGAUUUAUUAGUCCUGUAUGCCUAGAUAAUACUUCUUCAAAAACUUUCAAAUCUACUAAAAAAGUUAGUUUUUCAGAUCAUAUUGUAUCUCUACCAGAUGAUAAUUCUCAUCUUGAAGAUGUAGAUUUUUCUAAAAAAGAAAACAUAAAAUCCGAUUUUAUUAUUAAAGAUGUUAUAGAAAGGCCUUCUAUUCAAUCAACUGAACAUGUUUUAGACAAUUUUACUUCCUCAUUUCAUCGACGAGAAAUUGCUACCGAAUAUUAUAGAUUAAAACAGAAGUUUCAAGCACAAAACCAAUUUUCUGAUAAUCAUUCACAACAAACUUACAUUACAGAAAAAAACUCUUCUAAAAAAAUUAGUCGUUUUAAAGCUGCUAUUAUGGAUAAAAAAAAUUGAUUUUUUCUUCAAAAUUUCUCAAUUCAAUCUAUAUUCAUAGGGAUUUCAUAUUGAUACUUUGCUACCAUAUUCAUUUCUCACGCAUUGUAUCUAGUUAGAUCCCAAGAUUGAUCUUUUACGAUACUUAUAUGACAUAUAUUUUAUCUAAUACACAAAUACAUGUUCGUUUCAUAUCGUACA